AUGGACAAAGACCCAAACAACAACUUUAUAGUAACAGAAAACUCUGGUAUUUUAAGACUGAACAAGGCUCUAGACAGAGAGGAAACUGACGUCUUGGAGGUUACAGCUAUGGACAAUGUUGAUCCCAAUCGAACAUCUACAGCCACUGUCCUUAUCCAUGUACAAGAUAUCAACGAUAACACGUCAGAAUUUACCCCAUACAAUCUCAAUUACAAAGUGAAAGAGGAUGCUGAAGUUGGUCAACCCAUUGUUACAAUCUCUGCUUCCGACAAAGAUUUAGGAGAGUAUGGAAAAGUUGUCUAUAGCUUUGAUGGAAUAAUAUCAGUGGCAAAGAAACUAGACAGAGAAACCCGUAGGUCAUAUACUUUAUAUGUGACAGCAGCAGAUAACCCAGAUAAUCCGAACAACCAGAGAACCAAUCAGACAAAAGCAAUCACUAUAGAGGUGGAAGAUGUUAAUGAUCCUGAAUUUACAAACAUUGAUGAAAACACACGUGCUUCAGUUCUGGAGAAUGCCUGGGACCCAAACAAAGAAAGGCUGGCUGUCUUCUCGGUGUCAGCAGAAGACAGGGAUGUCGGAGAAAAUGCUAGACUGGUUUACACAAUUUCUGCCAAUGAGACUGUAUCUUCUCUCUUCACUAUUGAAACUGUGUCAAGGACUAUUGGAGGGGUUCCAAAAUAUUUUGGUGAUAUCCGAGUAGCAAGCAACCUUUUAGGAAAUGUUGGUGACUUACACUUGAACGUAACAGUUACAGAUCAAGGAGUGCUGCCAAGGUCAGCACAGACUGGAUUAAUUAUUGUUGUUGAAGACAUGAAUCUACAUCAGCCUGUCUUCACAAGUCCCACAGGGCCGAGUGCAGAAAUCAAUACUAACGAGAAAAAUCCAGUGGGAUCUACAGUGUUCCAGAUUGAGGCUACGGAUGAGGACCACGGUCGCCAUCGAUGGCCCUCUUGUUACUUUGUAUAUAACUACAACCAGAAAAAAAAAAACUUAGGGGAUAGAAAUUGUUUCCAUAGCUGUGCUGUGACAUACCAGUUUGAAUUAUUUUACAUUUACAAGGUUAUUUUUGAGUUAAAAGUUUUUUAAAGUGACCUUUAGUGUCCAGUCUGUUAUGGUUGAUUGAAAUCAAAAGUCUAAGUAAUGUUAACUUAAUAUCCACAGUAUUUUUUUUUUUUUUUUUUUUGGUAUAUCCUAUUAAACUAUUAAAUGAAAUACAUGUAACAUUGACACAGUGUGGAAGAAAACUGCAAAGUGAAGAUCACAAUUUUUAGCUCACCUGUCACGAAGUGACAAGGUGAGCUAUUGUGACCGCUUGAUGUCCGUCGUGCGUAGUGCGUUGUCCAUCGUCAGUCGUGUGUCGUCCGUCAACAAUUUCUAAAAAAAUCUUCUUGAAAACCAAACUUCACAUGAAGGAUCCUUGGGUGCCCCCUUUCAAAAUUAUUCAAAGAAUUGAAUUCCAUGCAGAACUCUGGUUGCCAUGGCAACCGAAAGGAAAAACUUUAAAAAUCUUCUUCUCAAAAACCAGAAGCCCUAGAGCUUAGAUAUUUGGUGUGAAGCAUUGCCUAGUGGAUCUCUACCAAAUUUGUUCAAAUCAUGACCCCGGGAUCAAAAUUGACCCUGCCCCAGGGGUCACUUGAUUUUACAUAGGAAAAUCUUAAAAAAUCUUCUUCUCAAAAACCAGAAGCCCUAGAGCUUAGAUAUUUGACAUGUAGCAUUGCCUAGUGGACCUCUACUAAAAUUAUUCAAAUCAUGACCCCGGGGUCAAAAUUGACCCCGCGCCAUGGGGUCACUUGAUUUUACAUAGAUUUCUAUAGGAAAAUCUUCAAUUUUUUUUUUAAAUAAACCAG